UUUCUACAGAUCUGUGAUUUCAUCGCUCCAAGUCUAACUUCCUCCUUAUCGGAAUCCUCUCUCCCUCUUCUCUCUCUCUCUCUCAUUCUGUAUUCCAAACCCACUGAAAAAGGAACCAUCUUUUUUAUUCCAAACAAAUGAUUUUGCUGCAGAAACUUCCUCAAUCAACGCACUAGUCACCCGCACUUCGUUUUUCUCGCUUCCUCACCUAAAUUCAAAGAUCCCUCACCUUCGCCUUCUUCUUCUUCACAUCUCGCUUGCUGUAACCUCCUCAUCGAUCCAUGCCUAUAAUUCGUAGCUUAAUCCAUGACAUGAGAUCCAGGUCCCGCCGUGGAGUGCAGGACGCUUCCUCAAUGGAGGAGCCUGUCACUGAUGGCUUGAAGCAGAGUUCCUGGGCCCACAUGCCUCAGGAGCUUCUCCGGGAGGUCUUGCUCCGAAUUGAGGACUCCGAGAGUUCUUGGCCGCCGCGCAAGAGUGUGGUGGCCUGCGCUGGAGUGUGCCGGAGUUGGAGGGAGAUCACUAAGGAGAUCGUCAAGCCGCCAGAAGUUUCCGCUAAGAUCACGUUCCCGAUCGCCGUCAAGCAGCCUGGCCCCAGAGAUCAUCUUCUUCAGUGUUUUAUAAAGCGCAACCGCUCUUCCCAAACAUAUUAUUUGUUUCUCAGUUUAAGUAGUGCUCUAGGUGAUGAUGGAAAGUUCCUUUUGGCUGCACGUAAGUGUAGGCGUACAACCUGCACCGAUUAUAUUAUCUCUCUGGACGUGGAUGAUAUGUCAAAUGGAAGCUACACCUAUAUUGGGAAGCUGCGAUCAAAUUUUCUGGGGACGAAGUUCACAAUAUAUGAUGGCCAGCCACCUCAUGCAGGUGCAAAAAUUUCAAAAAGUCGCUCCACUAGGCUGGUGAAUCUGAAGCAAGUUUCACCCAGGGUCCCCACUGGUAACUAUCCAGUGGCCCACAUUUCAUAUGAAUUAAAUGUGUUGGGCUCCAGGGGGCCUAGGAGAAUGAAUUGUGUCAUGGAUUCCAUUCCUGCCUCUGCAGUUGAACCAGGAGGGGUAGCGCCAACGCAGACUGACUUUUCUCUAAGCAGCAUUGAUGUGUUUCCUUCAUUUCCAUUUUUCCGAUCAAAAUCAAAUCAUAUGGAAAAAUCCGAAUCUGGACCCCUGGGUGACAAAAAAGACGGGCUGCUAGUGUUGAAAAACAAAUCUCCAAGGUGGCAUGAACAGCUCCAAUGUUGGUGCUUAAACUUUCAUGGACGUGUGACAGUAGCUUCAGUGAAAAACUUUCAGCUUGUCGCUUCCCCAGAAAAUGGGGUUGCUGGACCAGAACAUGAGAAGAUUAUACUCCAGUUUGGCAAAGUUGGGAAGGAUUUGUUUACGAUGGAUUACCGGUACCCCAUCUCGGCUUUCCAGGCUUUUGCAAUCUGCCUCAGCAGCUUUGAUACCAAGAUCGCUUGUGAAUGAACGUUUCUGAACAGACUUGUUUGAUGACACUGUUGAUGACAUUAUCCAGGUCAGGAUGCUCUCUCUCUCUCUCUGGUGCCUUUUUGCUUGUGAGGCUGUGUGGUAUAUAAAUGAAGGUCACUGGGGACAAAUGCUUGAGGUUAUUGAGAGUUAUUAUUGGAGACUGAAUGUGAAUGAAGGAGAUGCAAUGCAAUGCAAUGAAGGCGCUGUGUCCGUUUGUUCUUCUGGAUUGGAAUUUGACAGAAUUUCCUUGAAUUAGAAUUACGUUUAGAAUUUGUAAUAUUCCAUUUCCUUCUGUAUAUAAUUGAACUCUUAAGUUGUCCUUCAUCUUCUCUCGUCUUGCAAUACAUUGUUGUCUGCUGAGUUUUUUUUCCCCCCGCUCUUGGUAAAUAUCAGUUUCUGAUUUGGAAGAAGG